CUUUAUUCAAAAUUUGAGCUAUUCUUUUUUUUCAAGUGAGAGAAGAGACUAUCUAGUCCCUUCUCUUUACUCAGAUAACAAAAUGGGUAGAAAAAUAGAAAUGAAGAAAAUAGAAGAGAUAACUAAACGUCAAGUCACAUUUUCCAAGCGACGUAGUAAUUUAAUGAAGAAGGCGAAAGAGAUUGACAUUUGUUGUGAUGUUGACGUGUUGUUUGUCGCAUUCUCUCCUUCUGGCCGGCUCAGUAAAUUCUCUAGUAAAAAAAGCAUUGAAGACACACUUCAACGCUAUAUUAAUCUUCCGGUUGAGAGGAGAUUCAGUCACAUGAUCGAUAUUCAGGAAAAGGUAGCAAAGCUGAAGCAAUUGAACCACAUCAGGGGAGAUGUUAGCAAGCUACACUUUCUUGAUAAACAGAUUGAGAAUUUGGAGCUGCAAAUCAAGAAGGGCACACUGGAAUUGCAGAUUUUGGAUGCCAACAUAAGGAAUUAUAAACCAGGGGCAGAACAAGAGUCGACUCUUCAUCAGCUCUGUUGGUGUGAAAGUAACUUGAAACUAUCUCUGGAAAAAGUCAUGGCUAGAAAAAUGAAAUUGGAGACACAAGAAAAGGUGGAUCUUCAAUUUGCUGCACAACAAACAGCUCCCGAACAAUUUGAUAAUUGGGUUAAUCCAUACAGUGCAACUAUGCAGGAGAAUAUAUUUCAAAAUUGGUUCGACAAAGGAAAGAGUGUAUCAGCAGGUUCUAGCAAUUACACAUAUAAUGUUGCUUCCUUCGCAAGUUCCUCGCAGCCUGGGAAUAUAUCAUUUUCUCAAAUUCAAAAUCCAUCACCUUAUAUUCCAUUGCAGAGCCAUCAACAAAACAUGAUAGUGGAUGUCCAGCAGAAUCCAACACAAAUAUUUGAACAAUCACAGGCACAAGUGACUUUUGGUGAAAGUAAUGGCAAUAACUCUAUCAUGAACAUCUGGAAUGAUAUUUGCACUUCUACAAGGCCUAUCUUGCGUCCAAUCUCAACUAUGGGUAUACAAUUGAAUAAUGCCUCCCAAUUAGGAUUGGAGUACGCCCAUUCAAAUUGGAAUAUCAACUUGAAUCAUAACAAAAACAAUAAUAACACCAUUCAACAUAAUGAUCAUAACAUAACAACUAUAGUUCAGAAUGAUGAAAGGGCUCCUAAUGAAAGUAACAAUACCAUGGAGGAGAACACCAAACAAACCAGUGAAUAUUUUGUUGAAAGCGCAAAUGACAAUGAUGCUUGGGAAUGGGAUAAUGAUUUCCUCAAUGAAGCUUUCAGUGGGGAAGACUUUAGAAAUAUGGAUUCAUCCUCCAAUGACAAAUAAUCUUCUUAUUUAAUCCCUUUAUCUUUGGUUCAUUUAAGGUAGUGUUUCUAGGAUUAAAAACUAAAAUGUUACAGACUCCUAUGUUUAGCCUUUUAUUUCAUUGCAAAAGAUUAUCAUCUAAAUGUACGUAGUAUAAUUGUGGCCUAAUCAUGUAGAAGUGAAUAAUAUGAAC